AUGGGUGACGGUGACGUCCUGGUGACUGCGCUUCUCCUGCUGCUGGCCGCCGUGGCUGUCUGGUGGGCCUUUGGCCACCGGCAACAAGGGAGCCGGCAGACACGGACAGCGAUGUGGAGCAAGCGCCCCAGGAGGCUCAGUGAGACCUGUCAGCCUGCGGAAGGAGCAGAACCCGUGGACAGGUCUCCCAGCUCCCUUGGACUCGUGGACUACAACAACACGGGCGCAAUCCUGACCCUUUACGUGUCAGGCGAAAGCCCACAAGUCCAAAUGGGAGCCCAGCCCGAUGCAGGGGAGCCUGCUCAGGAGCAGCUGACGGGACAGCAAGUGUCCUGGAGCCAGAAGUGGUCAUUCCACAAAGGCCAGGACAGCCAGGACGCUGUGCCGGUUGUGCCCACCAGCAACAGCCCGAGCCUGGUGGUGGAGACGAGCCUCCAGGUGCUAUGGAGGUUCCUCCAUCUGCAGGAAGCUGCCCCAAGACAGUCCUCGAGUGCCGCAAAGGGCUUUCUAGAAGCAGCUGCUCCUGGGAUCCCCCUGUGCCCAGCCUCGGGCUGCAGCCCCGGCCGUCGGCAGGAGCAGAGCCCAGCCCACGACGCCGGGGACAGCGCCGGUGCCGCCCUGCCCCGCUGCCCCGGGGCUGCCGCAGCCGCCUGUGCGCGCUGCCCCGGCCCGGCUCUGCCGCUCGCCAGCCCGGCGGCUGCAGGGCGGCGGCCGCUGCCCGGCGCGCAGCAGGAAGCGGGGCAAAGGGAGCAGCGGCAGGAGCUGUACCUGUGGGGCCCGCAGCUGGGCAGCGGCGGCUUCAGCACCGUCUUCUCGGGCAUCCGCCUCUCGGACGGCAGCCCGGUGGCCCUCAAACGCGUGGCCCGGGAGAGCGUCCUGCAGUGGGACGAGCUGCCCGACGGCACCCGCGUGCCCAUGGAGGUGGCGCUCAUGGAGAAGGUGGGCUCUGGCUGCCACAACAUCAUCCAGCUCCUCGACUGGUUUGAGCUGCCCGACAGCUUCAUGCUGGUCCUGGAGCGUCCGCAGGCAUCGCAGAAUCUCCUGCAGUUGCUGCAGGAGCAGGGGUGCCUGUGCGAGGAGCAGGCGCGCUGGCUUUUCUGCCAGGUGCUGGAGGCCGUGCGGCACUGCACCGCCUGCGGCGUCCUGCACCGGGACAUCAAGCCAGAGAACCUCCUCGUGGACCCGGAGAGCGGCGACCUGAAGCUCAUCGACUUCGGUUGUGGCACCUUCCUCCAGGAGCGGGCCUUCUCGGGCUUUGCCGGAACGCACGCGUACAGCCCGCCCGAGUGGAUCUGGCUGGGUUACUACCACGGCCACGCGGCCACCAUCUGGUCCCUGGGCGUGCUGCUUUACGUCAUGGUCUGCGGCAGCCUCCCCUUCCAGGAUGACCCUGACAUUGUGCUGGGGAAGGUCUUCUUCCAGCGGCAGGUCUCUCCAGAGCUCCAGCACCUGAUCCGAUGGUGUUUGGCCAAGCACCCUGCGGACAGGCCGGAGCUGGAGGAGAUCUCGCGCCACCCUUGGGUGCAGGGCCGGCGUUUUUGAUGCCUUGCCGGAGCCUCUGCAGCACCCACUAACCGAGUCCCACGCAGGACUGAGGACCCGAGAAAUAAAACAACAAACCCA